AUGGGUAAGAAGCCUCAAAAGACAAAGGAAAUUUCUGUAGCAAUAGCAGAAGCUUCAUCAACAGGAGAUGAAACCCAGCAACAGGCUCAGGCUCCAAGAAAGAGAGGUAGACCGCGCAAGACUAUUACUGAAAAGAUUGAGACUCAUGAAGAUAAAAAAGAAGAACCACAGCAACAAGUUAAUGAAAACCAAUCGAAGAAAGCUAAAAGCAGCUUCACAGAAGAAGAAAAACAAGUAGAGGUCGAAGGACCGCCGGCUUCUACUCGAGGAAAAAAGAAAGAAGAGGAAAAAUCUGAAGAGACGGAACCUCCAAGAAGAAGCAGGAGGAGGAAAAGCAAACCCAGAAAAAGCAGUUAA